AUGGGCUUAUCGAAAUUCACCAAGAGGAUCAACUGGUACUUCCCUUUAUUAAUAGUAUAUGGUCAUGAUGUAGUUUUGCCACCAGAGAUUAAUCUCAAUACAUUAAGAAUCUUGAAACAAGAUGAGUUUUCAGUCGAUGAUUAUUGGAAUGCAAUGUAUGAUGAAUUGAAUGAUUUGGAUUCAGAACGUAUGUUGGCACUUGAAAAUAUGAUUCGACAAAAAGAAAGUGUUGCUCGAAAUUAUAAUCGUCGAAUAAAAGAGAAGUGUUUCAAUAUGGGUGAAUUGGUUUUAAAAUUUGUAUUGCCAAUGGAAAAGAAGUCAAGAUUUCUUGGCAAAUGGUCCCAUACUUGGGAAGCACCUUUCCAAGUGAUUGAUUUGUAUUCUAGAAAUGCAUAUCGAAUUAAAGAUAUCGAUUCUGGAAACAUGGUUAAAUCGAUAAAUGGGAAAUACUUGAAACAAUAUUGA